CCAGAUCGCGGUUGCUUGACACCACAUUUCCCCGAAAUGGACAUUUUCGAAGAACUGGGUGUACCAAAGAAGUACCUGAAGCCCACUACUAAAGAGGGGCACUACAUAGCUCUAGUACACAAAUCAUGGCUCAAGUCAUUGGUAAAGUACUCAAAACUGGUGGAGUUCGCUGAAAGGGGGCGUUUCGACGCAUGGCCAGUCAGUGAAGAGGAGCUGGGGGCCUCGUGGAGCAAAGUGUUUAUCUGUGUUUUCAAAAAACGCGACGCUAGCGUGAUCCCACUACCUCGCAUCCGGAGUCUGAUUAAAGACGACCCCCCUUUGCUCUUCUGCCAGUUGAUGCAAUAUAUUUACCAGACGAAUUAUAAGAAUUUGUGGAAGGAGGCUUACAAGAAGUACAACAGUAAAACUGAGACUAGCAAGGAGACUCAAAUUUCCCUAGUGGAGUAUAACGAGGUUUUGCGGGAGAUUUUAACACGGAUUUACGGGUGCCCCCUUGUUAAUAUUUGCGACUCGAGACUGAGCACCGAGCAGUCGAAAAACUUCGACGUACAUUUGAACGUGUUACCAGCCGUGUGUGCUGUGGAGACUCUCAACGCAAUUUUCGUCCUACAUAUGCCGUAUUUCGACCACAGUUUGAAAGACUGUGUUACCUUCAGCCCCGCUAUUUUAAACAAAUGUUACGCCAAGCCGUUAUUUAUAAUCUACCAGUUGUUACAAACUCUGAAGUCAAUGCACGACCGCAGCCUCACUCUGGGGGACAUCUCCUUGAGCGACAUUUACCUAACCGAAGACAUGUGGAUUUACAUAAUCCCGAACAUCCACUCAAACAUUUACGUCCAAGAAACGAAAACCGAGGCAAAAAGACACGUAAAUAUCCCCGACUGCCGCAAAAACGGCCACAAAUUCGACCUAAACCUUAAAUGCGAAGGCUGUGGCAUAAAAACCUACGACAAGGUCCAGAUCAGCAAUGAAACCCUGCAAGAAUUGUGCCAGUUGUGGGUCGAAGGCCAGAUUUCGAACUUCACCUACAUUUCCGCGUUAAAUAAACUCUCGGGACGGAAGUUGGGUGACCCCAACUGCCACCAUGUCUUUCCGUGGGUGACCGAUUUCGCCUCAAGGUGCGGCAAAAACUGGCGCGAUUUGAAGAAAUCCAAGUUUAGGCUUAAUAAAGGGGACCGUCAGUUGGACCUGACUUACGAAAAUGCCUCGUCGGAGGUGCCCCACCACGUGUCGGAUGUCUUGUCUUCGAUCACGUAUUACGUGUAUAUGGCUAGGAGGACCCCCAAGUCGGUUUUGUGCAAGAAUGUGCGGACCAUUUGGGUGCCAGCGGAGUACCCCAGCUCCAUUCAGAGGAUGCAGGAGUGGACUCCGGACGAGUGUAUUCCUGAGUUUUUCACCGAUCCGACGGUUUUUAAGAGCAUUCAUGACGAUUUGGACGACCUGGAGGUCCCCUCAUGGUGCACGGGGCCCGAGGAUUUUGUAGAGAAGCACAGAGAGGCCUUGGAGAGUGUUCACGUGUCGGAGAGGCUGCAUUAUUGGAUAGACCUGACUUUUGGAUACAAACUGGCGGGCGCCGCCGCCGUCAAGGCCAAGAACGUGUGCCUCCACCUGGUCGACGACCACACCAAGCUGAUGAAAUCGGGAAUCGUCCAACUCUUCACCCACCCACACCCCCCAAAAGCCACCCCAUCCCCCUUCUGGAACAAAACCCCCCCGAAAAUCUACAUCAGCAAAACAAAACCCAAAUCCCGCGACCGUAGCAACUCGCCCGGUCUCACCCUCGACGCGAAAACCGACGACGAAGACAUCGAAGACAUCCCAGCGUCCUCAAACCGCCCCCUCGGCCUCUCCCGGUUUCUCUCCCGCAGCCGGUCGUCCCUCAACGAAGAAAAACCGAAAAACGCAACCCGGAGCUCGAGCUCCGGGCCGAAAAACGCCUUCACCUCCCACCUCAAAGUGCAAAGUUCCUCCCUCACCACCGGGGUGAUUUACUUGCCGAAGGAGUACCGGCCGGAGCAAUACUUGGAGAAUUUGGAGAAGAAACAUGCGUUUUUCGCCAAGACUUUUCACCUUGAGGAGAAGCGGGUGAAAUGUGUGGAGGAGAAACGACUGGAGGAGCACGCAAAUGACGAGUGUUUGGUACAAAAUGCGUUCACGAAUUUGAUUUUUAGCGAGAAUUUUGAAAAACGGUUGCAACAACAAGACAAUCUGAAUUUUCACCGGUCGCGGGUACAAAAGAACGAGAAUCAAAUUAUUUGCAACUACUCUGAUAUCAUCUCAGCGAGGCGAAUUCGGGAAUUGCAAAUUUUGGGUUGUUUGAUUGUGGAGAUUUUCAUGUCGAAACAGUUGCGGGCUUUGGGGGCCAACGACUCGAACUUAUCAUUCACCGAUCGGCUCAAAGCCUGUCUCACUGUUAUCAAAAGUUCCGAAAUCCCCCCGUGUAUCUCCUACGUUGUUCAUUUGCUCCUCCAGCCUGACACUCCCAACUUCAAGGAGUUUAAAUAUCCGUCCGUGACCGACUUGGGGUUGCCUCCACCCAGCGCCCACCUCCUCCUGGAGCCCCUCCUCCACUCCGUCAUCCCGUUCCCCCGACUUUUCCCCUACUUGUAUUCUCUAAUCGCGACUCUUAAAGACUUCAAAAACGUCUCCACGGAGUUGGGAGUUUUGUACCACUUCGACUGCAACGGCGAAAUGUGCGCAGAAUACGAAAGUUUGGAACGGACUAAAGUAUUGUUCGCACAAAACAUCGGCGAGUGCAAAGUUAAAUCAUGCGCCCGCAACUUGGAGAGUUUGCUGGAGGAGUUGAACACAACGACUGACCUAGAAGUCGCAAAUAUCCUCCUCCCACACGUGCGCGAACUAAUCGAGGAUCCCCCAACUUCAGUCCUAGCCGCGUGGUAUUUAUUCGACCCGCUUGCCCGGGUCUUGGGGCCCCAGAAAACGGCCGGGAGCCUCCUGGAGCCCAUUUUAAAACUGUACGAAAAUGAGCCAACCGAGGCCACUUUGCCAUACUACGGCAAAAUAGCCAAGUUGUACCAUCACAGUUUUCUCUUACGAUUGAUUGUGAGACUGGGGUUGAAGUGUUUUUUGGACAAUCUUGUGGCCCCGCUUGUGGAGGCCGUUGGGCGGUAUAAAGACUACGAAAAGGUCGAUUUUAUCUUGCACACUCAUUCGGAGAAGUUCGUCCGGAAAACGUCGCACUUGAAGACGAUGGACGCCGAACAUGUUGACACUUCCGGGAGUGAUGACUCGAGUGUUUCGUCCGAAAAACGGCCAACUCCGCGACAGGAGCUCGCCUCCGAACCGGAAGUCUUUGAUUUUGACGACGACAAACAAAACGAGGAGCAGUUAAAAUCGCUGAUGGAACAUUUAGAGUUAAAUGUCGCCUCAGAUUUGCCCUUCAAUCAUUCGACGGCGGAGGAGGCGCUCGAUGCCACCCUGACCGAAAAUCUGGACCAGCUGAGGAGUCUCGAAGAGCUCACCAUGAACCUGAGUGAGGACGAUGUUGAGACCAGACCUGGGGUUUCCUCCCCAACUAUACCGAUCCCGUCCACCAAGCAAGAGUUCAGUAAUAUUAGUUGCGAGGUUGGGAGCAAGAAAAGCGAUUCGAUUCAGCUUGAUCUGGUUUUGGAUUCGCCCGGAUCGGCGGUUUCCGAUCAAAAGAAACCAACUGUCUCAAAAUCGAAGAAACAAGACGCGAAAAUUUCGGAUAUGAGUUCUGAUAGUCUCGUUUGGUUGUCACACAGACUGGGGCCGGUGCUCACAGCUCGGUAUCUUUCACGGAAUUUGCUCAAAAUGUUGACUUUGUGUUAUGUGGGCAAGGAGAAUUUGACUCUGGUGCAAAAAGAGGAGAAUUCAAGGGAGGUGGAGACGCUUUCGGUGGUUUCCAGCUAUGUGCUGGGGGACCAGAAUGCGGUCAAGGUUUUGGAGUGUCUGACGAGCAUUGCGGGUUUAUAUGGCGAGCAGUUGAUUCUGUUCCAAUACAUCCCGCACAUGAGCGAACUGAUCGCUUUGUGCAAACGACGCCUCACCGCCAACUUGGAGGGUGGUUUGAUCUCAUGCUUGGCUUUAUUCCAACACGUCAUUCCAUACUUAUCUGACUCGACUCUCAUGGACCAGUUACAGGACGUGAUUUUAAAAAACAUACUCCAUCCAAUCGUGAGACUGCUAGCUUCGACGAAAUACACAUUCCCGAGCGGUUACACGGCUCGUAACAUCUUGGCUCGCAAAUAUUUGGACACACUGUACGUCCUUUCGAUCCGGAUGGGCUCUGAUAUGACGCGAACCCACUUGGCUGUGCCCGCCCUUCAGCGGUUUUUUCUCAUUUUUGAUAAAGUGUUCUCUGGGGAGGAAUCCCACCAACCGGAGGACAGUCAAGUCAGCCAGUCGGAAAAGGAGGAAUCUCAUUACGUUGAGCUGUGUCGGGACGGAUCGGUUAACGAGUGGAGUGUGGGAGGGAAACCGAUUCAAAUAUCGCGAAUGAACGACACGGACUCGGGGUUGCUGCUGGAGGACGCCUCCGAGCAGAGCCUGGAGGAGUUACGGCUGGUUUUCACCACCGAGUUGGCCUAUACGGCCUAUUUGCCGUUUUUGAGACACAUUGGGGCAAAUUCGUUGGAGAUUUCGCUCAAGAAUCACAGUUUGAUCAAAGAGUUGUGCCAGGAGUACGAGCAGGGGGCCAAAUCCAGCGUCCCCAUUGCGAAUAAAUCCGCCGAUUUUAAAUGCACGAUUUCGGCUUCGAGCAGCAUUGGGAGCAACAUAGCUCUGGUUGGGAACCGAAUCGACGUCCAAACCGCCGAUUUGGAAAACUUCAACACGGAUUUGUUGAGUCUUGUCAGCAACCGAUUGGAGAACAACAGCCGGCAUUUGAGGGGCAACUGGUUGGCCUAUUGGGAGCACGAAAUCGGCCGCUCGGACAAAGACACGAUGUUCAAUUUCAAACAAAUCAAACUGCAAACUUUCGCGGGACACACGCACAGUGUCAAGUGUCUCUACGUGCUAGAUAACGAAAAUAGCUUCAUUUCUGGGAGUCGGGACAAGACGGUCAAAUUGUGGUCGCUGAGGAGUCAAGGCGACGGCUCAAGUGUCUCAACGUGCCAGUGGACGUACACAGCCCACAAAAAGUCGGUCCUUUCGCUCACUUUCAUCGAAAGUAUGAGACUAGUGGCGUCGUGCGAUAGCGUCGUGCACAUUUGGGACCCCUUCAUGGGGGCCAACGUGGGGCACUUGGAGUCCCCCAGGUACCCCCCUGUUAACGUUUUGAGGAGUUUGCCGGCGCCGUCCAGUCUCGUGUUCGCCGCAACUACCGACGGAACAGUCAAAGUGAUUGAUACCAGGGUUUGCAACUACAUCCACGAACUCAAGGUGAGUCUGAGCCCGACUGGCCUGAUCCGGUGCCUUGCCGUGGCCCCUUCGGGGGCUUGGGUGGCCACGGGCCAGUCUUCGGGCACCAUCACCGUCCUGGACACUCGCACCGGCUUGGUCAUUUCGACUUGGAAAGCCCACGAGAGUGAGGUCCUCCAACUCGUUGCCGCGGACAAUUCAACGCUGAUUUCGUCCAGUUUGGACCAAACAAUCGGUGUGUGGAACGCCAGCGAUGGCAAAUUCAAGUUUCACCUGAGGUUGGUACCCCAGCUGCGCUUGCACCAUCUCAUUGCUAUUGACAGGUCGUCUUUUAUCAGGGGGGCCACCGAGCCGGUGCACUGCCUCAACGUCUACAAUAACGAACUGAUUUCGGGGACAACCGCCAACAGGAUCGGCGUCCACACGUCCAUCGACAUGGAGGCGUCGUUCUCCAGCACCAAGUUGCGCUCGGACGCGUUCAGGGGACUGCUCACCUCCAUGGCGCUGCUGCCGCUGAAUCGGCUUUUGCUGUUGGGGGCUGACACGGGGACGAUUAAUUUGUUGUGUUGAAGUCUUGCCGGGUAAGUAACGUUUCUCACAUUCCAGUGCAAUUCCGUAAAACCGAUGUGAUGUUUUGUUUUAUUUGUAUACCGAGACUGUCAGGGACUAUAUUUACAGUUGAACUUGCAAAACUUUAUUUUGUACAGAUGAAUAAUAGUUAGCCAAUCGGAAACCAUCACGGGUGAUGGGCUGUUGUUACCUGAAGGCUAGUGUUUUGUUCAAAGUCCCGAAAAAUCAAAAAUAAUUGUGGCGAUUUGUAGUUCGUGUCACUAGUCAAUUUUGUCAUCGGGGUCGCCACUUAUUUUUACAGACCUGUACCACCAUUAUUUUAUCUCUAUUUACCUGUUCUUUAGUAUUAUACGAUCCAAAGAUAUGCAAUGCGUGAUGUAUACAAUAAGUUGUGCAAAUAAAAUUUGUAAAGAGA